GAGUUGGAUCCAAAUACUGAAUGGGGAAUAUCAGUCUGUGUCUCAGAGUCGCUCCAAGAAGACGCGUGUCCAAAUUACAGCGAAAAUUCCUCGUGAGACGCACCUCAAAGUUUUGCGAUCUAGUUGAUGUUUUGUGGACGGUUUUAAGGGCUUCACAUGCCCCUUCUCCCCAAGUGGAUGCCCAAACUGCAAUUUCUUUGACCACUUGACAUCGGUGUCUUGCUGUGCGAUUUGACUUGUGUGAUCUCUAUGAACAAAGUUUUGAGGGUUUUACCGGGAUUUUGGGCAAGAGAAUAUACAGAGUUUUACUUUUUUCGCGGAUUUACCCUGCUAUCACACCUUAACACUGAAUAAUUCACGAUAAAACAUUUUGCACCCCCGUAAUUCUGGGUGUUGUGAUUUUCACUGAAUGGACACCACUGUGGAAGAGAUUUUCCCCCAAAGACCAGUGUUCUAGGCGGAAAACUCGAGUGUGAAAGGCCAGAGACAGAGCUUAAGAGUGGAACGCAGAAAAAAGUUGUGCUACUAGACAUUGCGCCCAAGAGAGAUCUUCCAACGUCUCCUUAGAAGAUUAUAUACUUGAGAGAAAAGUGCUAUUUGUGAGUGAUUGUGAGGGAAUCACAUUCCCAUCUGGCCCCAAACUGUAAACAACAAUCUGCCCAACAAAAUUAUUCAUUAACGUGCAAGUGGAGGGAAAAUUGCACAAGAGAGGAGAAAAAAAGAACCCCAAAGUCAAGAUGAAGAUGUCCAAACUGUCUAACCAGACCAACUCCCAGGAUCCCCAGGCGGUGAAUUCUCGGAUUUUUGUUGGGAAUCUCAACACAUUUCAGUGCUCCAAAACGGACGUUGAACGAAUGUUUCAGCGAUACGGUCGACUAGCCGGAAUCUCCAUGCACAAGGGUUACGCUUUCGUCCAAUUUACAAAUCCCUUCGAUGCCAGAAAUGCUUGCCAUGGAGAGGAUGGUCGUACCGUACUUAGCCAGACGUUAGAUGUAAACAUGGUUGCUGAACCAAAACCACAUCAGAUUGGCAGGAAGCGACAAAAUGUCACUAAAACAGGAAAUGAUUGGGAUUACUACUACGACAGCUACUGUGCAUCUACGCUCCUGCCCACAAAUGCUCCACGCCCGAUCAAGCGUCAACGAUUAAUGGGACCACAGCAGCAACAACUGCAACUGCAGCAGAAUCGGCUGACUGUCAGUGUCCAGCAAAUAAAUGGGAAAGUGAAUCUAUUGAGUAUUCAGCCGUCACCACAGAAUCAGCAACAGCAGAUGACUCUGCCGACAAGUCCACUCCCCAACGGCAGCCAUAAUAAUGCAAAUGGGCACAAUGGAGCAGCCGAUGGUGUCGUGAAUGGGAACGGAGGAGACCCCCAAUCGCAUGCUUCGCAGCAUCUCGUCAACGGUCAGCAAUUGUUCGAAACAUUCAAAGUUUACAGCAAUCCCGACACACUCAUCUGUGGCAAUUGUCGAGAGAGUUUCAGCAAUCUCAGUGAUUUGUUGGACCACAAGAGAACCUACUGCAAACUCAGAUUCACAUGCAAAUGUCACCAGAUAUCGUCAGAUAGGAAUUUUAGCAACUACCUAAAUCCACUGCCCACAGCACGGCUCCUCUGUGUUGUUUGCAAGGAUCCAUUCUCCAAUCCCUGGGACUUGAUGGUACAUGCUCAAACAGCUCAUAUGAUCAAUAUCUACGAACUGGGAAAUGACACCGGACCAUCAACUACAACUGCUUCUGAUGCACCCGACACGGCCACAUCCAAGGACGAAGCACCAUCAACAAAAGAUGCAUCAGAUGCACCAGAAGACAUCAGCAGUCAAAGUGCGACAAAUUUCAAAGAGGACCCCGAUCCGGCAAAUCCAUCAUCGACGGAUGUUAAUUUAUUCGAGGAGACUGCCCCAUCAUCGUCACCCCCAUCGCCGGUCACUGAGGACACCGCCUUGAAGGUGAAUGGUUCGGUUUCGUCCCAGAAAGACUCCCGCGAGGGUUCAGCCUCACCUUGCAUUGUUGGAGCCCUUAGUAUCGAACCAUCAGCAAAUCCAACACACGUAAAGAAUCCCACCGCUCUUGAACUUAUCACACCAUCAACGGUGUAAGAAGUCACGGAUGAAAGGCAAGAUUUCUCGUACUUCUUGUCCAACCACCAAUGUCUCUGUGAGCGAUAUUUCAAGCAUGGUAGAGAGAUAUUAAAUAUUCUAAAUUACUAUAUUUAUUACCUUACCAGGAGAAUUUUGAAAUUCUUCAUGCAAAAAUCGUGGAUCUAAUCGUGUACAUAUCAUUGCAACUAUUGCUGUAGAAGAUUGUGAGAUAUAUAUUGUGAAACUAAAUUCUUAUACACUCAAAACAUAUAAAAAGAAACAAAUAUUAUAUACAUUUUGGAAAGCGAUAACCACCUUUCAUCUGUCUUUUUUGGCGGUGCAUGAAAAAAAGGCUGAAGGGAUAAAUUUAUUCGCAUCAAAAUUGAAUUUUCAUGCAAAUGAAAUGGAGGAGUGAAAAAAAAACAAGAAGACCAAUGAAAAAUCCUCUAUUGAUUUAGUAUUUUUUCCAUGAAAUUCAGCUCUGUGUAAAUUUACUGAGACUUAAUACCCAGCUUAGAGAUUACCGUUGAGAUUUCAUAUAAGAUAAAUCUUUAAUUAUAAUCCUAAAAGCUAAAUAUUAGCCAAAAGAUUUUUUUUUUUGAAGAGAAAAUAAAGCCUAUAUUAUGUAAAGAAAAUUCACUUCACUUUGUACAUAAUACUAAAGCAGAUUUAGAAGUUUGUUUUGCGAGACGUGUUGCCCUAAAUAGCAAAAGAAUAGAACAGAUUAAAAACUAUUUCAAAAAUACAACAGUAGGACUAAAAUUUUGUGAGAGUAACGCAAUUAAAGUGCAGUUAUGUAAAAUAUUCUGAAGAGAUCAUGUAAAACAUAAAGGAAAAAAUAUUAAUAUUUACUAAUUUAGUACUUUUGUAAAUUUUAAAUUAGAUGUCUCCAUCAUAUUUAAAAUUGCAAAGAUUAUUGUAAAAACAAAUACUAAAUGGCUAACAGAAGAUGAGAAAAGAAUUUAAACACAUCAAUAUAGGUAUUAUUUUAGAUAAAUACUUAAAUACCAAUUAUUGUAUACAGUGAAAAACCCUAAUAUUAAAAAUAAAUCUAUUGAAUUUGUGAACUCUCACGAGUACAGUUGCAUUAUCGCCGAAUAUGUAUAAAUAAUUACAUUGUUUCAUAAACAAAUUAUUUAUCAACUUUUCAAAAUAAAUGUCCUCCAUAUUUACAAAA